ACAGUCAGAAAAUCCUAUCAAAUCUGUAACUUUGCCUCAAUCGUGAAGGGCUAAUGUUUUAACCGGGUGAUGGACAAGUCCACUAUCCAAUAGGCUUGUUGCUUUUGCAGUGAUGCCCAAUAGACAAUGAGAGUAGGUGGAUCCCUUCUGAGGCUGUGUGAGGACUGACUGGGCCGGGUGUUUGUUGUCAUCAAGAUGGAGUUUCUUCUGGGGAACCCGUACAGCACCCCCGUGGGACAAUGCAUCGAAAAAGCUACAGACGGUUCACUGCAGAGUGAGGACUGGACACUUAACAUGGAAAUCUGUGACAUUAUUAAUGAGACAGAAGAAGGUCCAAAAGAUGCCAUAAGAGCCCUGAAGAAGAGGCUGAAUGGGAAUAGGAAUUACAGAGAAGUGAUGCUUGCACUGACAGUCCUAGAGACUUGCGUGAAAAACUGCGGCCAUCGUUUCCAUGUCCUUGUCACCCAUCGGGAUUUUAUAGACGGCAUCCUGGUGAAGAUCAUUUCCCCGAAAAACAAUCCUCCCACCAUUGUGCAGGACAAGGUGCUUGCGCUUAUCCAGGCUUGGGCGGACGCGUUUCGCAGCAGCCCUGACCUAACUGGAGUUGUACAUAUUUAUGAGGAGCUGAAGAGAAAAGGAAUAGAGUUUCCAAUGGCAGAUCUAGAUGCCUUGUCUCCAAUACACACACCCCAGAGGAGUGUUCCUGAAGUGGAUCCUGCAACCAACAUGCAUACAUCUCAGACACAAAAGAGGGGCAGCUUCAGCAACGUCUCCAAUUCCAAAUCCACGUCCACGCCAUACACGGCCCCGGGAGGACCUCCAACAAACGUUGGUGGCCCCAUCACCGCAAACUCUGAGCAGGUCGGACGGCUGAGGAGUGAGCUGGAUAUAGUGCGUGGGAACAUAAAAGUCAUGUCGGAGAUGCUGACAGAAAUGACCCCUGGUCAGGAAGAUGCCUCAGACCUUGAGCUCUUACAGGACCUGAACAGGACUUGCAGAGCCAUGCAGGAGAGGAUUGUGGAAUUAAUUUCCAGAGUCUCAAACGAGGAGGUGACUGAAGAGCUUCUUCAUGUAAACGAUGAUUUAAAUAACGUCUUUCUUCGAUAUGAGAGGUUUGAACGGUACAGAUCAGGCCGCUCUGCACAGAACACUAAUGGGGUGCUGAGUGAAGUCACUGAGGAUAACCUGAUAGACCUUGGCCCUGGAUCUCCUGCAGUCGUCAGCCCCAUGGUCUCAAACACGGCUCCCUCAAACCUAAGCUCCCAGCUGGGCGGAAUUGAUAUGGGAUCAAACAAUGUCAGCUCAACUCUCAGCGCUCUGCCCACCACCAACCCGCAGGAUGACUUUGAUAUGUUUGCCCACACCAGAACCAACACCCUAGCGGAUCAGCGGAAAAACGUCACCUAUGAGGACCCACAGGCUCUCGGAGGGUUGGCGUCGGCUCUGGAUGUCCGGAAGCAGAACAUCGGAGGGAGGAGAUUUAGAGGUGAAAACCCAGAUAUGGAACCCAUAGACACGUGGCUUAUCAGCCAAGGAAUGAUUCCAGUCUCGCAGCCCUCUCACAUGGAUGAUAUAGAGGAGUGGCUCAGUAAAGACCUGAAGGGAGAUGAACUGGAGGAAGGAGUGACAAGUGAAGAAUUUGACAAGUUUUUAGAAGAGCGAGCCAAAGCUUCAGAAAGAAUGCCAGAUCUGCCAUCACCUCCCACCGGAGAGCCUGGCCAACCCAUGAAUUCUGCUGGAAGGAAGAAGCAGGAGCGCUCUGAGGAUAAACUCUUUGCUUUGUAAAUUGGCCUCGCCUCUCUGUACAGUAUUCAUCACAUUCCCCUGGCCACCAUGCACUGCAGCCACCAGUCCCAGGCCCAUACUAGCCUCAUCCAUUACAUUCCCAUAGUGAUAUGAACUGGCAUUAACUGGGCUACACGGUUAUCUCUAUUAUACUACAGUCAUAAGGACUUACCUCCUGCUCUCCUAUUAGGCUGUCAUGCUAGGGUUGUGAUGUUUAAGGUGGGUAUGUGUUUAUAAGCCCUACAAGCAAUGUGUGGUUCAUGCAUUCAGCUAAAACAUCUGUAGUAAACAGCCAAAUACAAGCCCCUGGCCCUAACAUUAUUCAGUUAUUUGCACCUGAUAUUGUGGUGACCACUGUCACUCAGGUUUGACAAGAAAACUCCCCAUCAGAAGAACUUUAUUCUGGAUAAGGCCUAGCAGAUCUUCCCAUUCACUCAA